AUGUCCGACUCCAACGGGGUUGUAAUCAUGGAACUGGGAUUGAGAAGAUGUGAUUUACAGCGCACGAUACAACUGAGCAAAGCUCAAGAUGGAGCAACGCACUCCAACUAUACGUUUAUAAUUACUGUACAAUCGCUGUCUGAGGAAAUGUACGUCCCCGAUAGUCCUAUACCCCAGGAGUGGGUGAUCACAACUGAUCGUUUGUUUGAAACCGGCCCCGAAAAUGUGUUGCUUUUCCCGGAAUUUAUAUUCUCUACGGAACACAACCCGGUGGUGGUAGUGUUCGGUCCGUUCAAUGGAACGUUAUUCAAAACCUGGUUCAAUGUGACCGUUCAUACCUAUGAACGACCACAAAUUGCGAGGUUCGGAACAAAACUUUAUCCGCCCAAUCCUGUACCACCGAACUCGACCAGUGCUCCUUUGCACCAGGUAGUUCUGACGGAUUCCGAUGCUAAUUUCACAUUGCAUCAAAUUAUGAUGCAUCAUGUCUUGUCCUCUCACUAUCACGAGCAAUGGUAUGCGGAUGUGAAGUUCUCUCGGGGUCAAAUCGAUUCUACCCUCGAAAAGGUACCUGCCGGUUUGCGAACUAUGCUUGACACAUUCAUUAAUCGAAUAAUAAACACAACCACAGUGAUCAAAUGUAAUCAUCUAUAUUGUUUGGCACUAAAGAAGAUGGGUCAGGCACAUUUACAAUCAGAUUCCAGAUUGUCUUAA